CCGGGUCGGGGAGCGGAGCCGGGCUCCGCCGGGCUCGGGGAGCCCCUUCCCCGGAGGCGGGGACGGGCGCGGGGGCUGCCCCAGCCCGGGCCGUGCCCCGGGCUCCCGGGCUGUACUUAAGGGGCCGCUGGCGGCGAGGGUGCAGCGCCAUGAAGCCGGGUCUGUUCCUGCCGCUGCUGCUGCUGCUGCUGGCCCCCUCGGGCCCCCCCGGCUUCUGCCGGGCGGCCUCGGGGCACCGCCUGCCAGGGAAGCACGGAGAGUGUCCCCGGCCCAGCAGGUUCCCCACGAGGCCCUGCGACAACUUCUGCUCCACGGACGACGACUGCCCGGGCAGCGAGCGCUGCUGCAGCACCGGCUGCGGACGGGAGUGUCGGCUCCCCGUGGGAGCCAAGAGGGGCUUCUGCCCACGGCUGGACCCUGGCAUGAUGACCAUCUGCCUGGUGGAGUGUGGUGGAGACAGCAGCUGCCGAGGCAAUGAGAAGUGCUGCCACAUGGGCUGCCACAUCCAGUGCAGGCAGCCGGUGCCAGCCAAACCGGGUGUCUGCCCCAAGAGGAGGGUGCUGCACACCUUCGCUCCCUGCACCAGCUCCUGCCAGGAUGACACCGACUGUCCCCGCCGCGAGAAAUGCUGCUUCACGGGCUGUGGCCUCGGCUGCCUGCCUCCAGACAGAGGCGCCACGGCCCUGCUCCUGCCCGCUGGCUGGGGCCACCAGCUAGGUUCUGCUGCCUCCAACAGUCCCAUGUCCUCUGGUAACAUCUGUCACCUCCCGCCCGUGCCUGGCCCGUGCAGGGGAUUCUUCCUUCACUAUGCCUACAACCCUGCCACGGGGACCUGCCAGCUGUUCAUCUACAGCGGCUGUGGGGGCAACGCCAACAACUUCAAGACGGUGGAGGAGUGCCAGCAGGUCUGCCAGCAACUGGGGAGAGCCAAGGAGUGACCCCCAAGGAGAAGGUGGCAGUGGGGCAUGGGCCCCUCUGUGGGGCCAGCAGCCGGGGGGCCGGUGUCUGCAAUGGUGCUGGUUGCCGCACUCUGCCCCACGCAAUAAAGCCGCCAGGACGCCUGGCUUGCAGCAGCCCAGUCUCCAUCACCUCGCCUGACCCGCAUCUCCGGCGUGCCAGCAGCUCCACAUGCUGCCCAGCGCCU